CAUAAUCCAUUCAUCAGAAAUGAUGGAAUGCGUCGCCAUGAAUGUGAGACAUGAGGUUAGACAGACAGGCAUCACUGGGACGCGGCUGCGAACUGACUGAGCAGUGCCGCCCCCUUCGAUAUCACCAGACCCACACCACCUGCACACAGAUACGCACACAGAGGACGCCAGACACAUUCAUGCCACUGUGGGCCGGAUCACGAUACCGGCGUUGAUGUCAUUCAUUCUGUGACCUGCUUGUGUCUGUGGAGCUGCCUUGUAGUCGAUGGCCGGCUCAGCCUGCCCGCCGACGUACACCUGAAUGUCUGUGGUCGUGUCCUUGACAGUCAGCUCAUACACCACGGAGGGAACCACAGACACCUGCAGAGCAGCCAACCGUACAUAUCUAUCUUGUUGCCAUGUGUGCUUGUGGCCGGCCGCUCUGACUGACUUGUUGCGUGGCGACUGUGCUGGAGGGAUAUCCCGCUCUCUCGUGUGUCAGUACCACACUGCUCGGCUCACUCGUGUUGAGCUGCACUGUGUACCUGAACGUCACACACACACACACACACAGAUACACACAUACACACGCGCUCAUAAAUCAGUGUGUGCUCACUCACAUGUCGUUUGGCGUGCGUCUGAAGGCGAUGCCGGCCGUGCUGUCUUGCUCCAGCGUGACGGCUGCGGUGUACACGCCCGACAGUCAUGGCGGUGGCCUCUGUCUUGGUGGUGAGUUGGCACAUGCCGCUCUUGGCCGUUAGUUGCAACCAAGUCUGUCUGGUGGGGCUCUCCCAAUCGUCCAGACGGGGCCGUCGCGAACCCACUGAAGAUAUACACACACGCCAUGGAUUGUCUCUCUCUCUCUCUCUCUCUCUCCCUCUGUGGGUGUCUUGUCAUCACCUGGUAGUCGCAUCCGGGCUGUCUCUCCUGUCUAGGCGCCACUUGUGGUUCAGCGGCUGGGGGGGCGGGGCCGCGAAGGGCGAGAGUGGACGAUGGGCGGCUGGGGAGGCCGACCUGUGGUGUCUCGCCAGUUGGGCGGGGUGUCUCUUGGAAGGUGUAGUCGGUGGCGGCGAAUGGGGGCACGGGCACUGUCUCGUCGUCCUCCUCUUCUGCUGCUGCCGCUUGUGGUGCCUGUGCUGGGGGCGAUGGCUCAUGGUGUGGAGUAACAGGCGCCUCUCGCACAAUUGCAGCCUUGGCCGCCGUGCCACCAUUCAACACAUGCGCCUGACAUAGCCACACACAGAAAGGUCUGUCUGUCUGUCUGGGGGCCACUUUGCUCGCCUUGUGUUCUUCCGCAGGGAAUGCCCCUUGUGGCGCCUCUUUGGCCUUCUCGCUGAGCGGGCCGGCGACGAAGUGAUAAAAAAAAUGCUGGUGCUUUCGCGAACAUGCCGCAGUAGGCCCUCUCGGUCUCGGGAUGGCCUGUCACGUCGGCAGCCACCUGAUCAAUCACACACACACAAAGAGGGAGAACAUGUAACAUGUAUGCACGCGCCCCUUCCUGCGCUCCCCCUUGUGUGUCUGUGCCUGCAUGGCUCCAUCGACGAAGACUCUGAUGUGUUUGGUGCCGAAGUCGACGGCCAAGUUGUAAAACCGACUCGUCUUGACGGGAUACUCUGUGUGUGUGGAUGGCAGAGACACAGAGACACGCGUCGAUGCAUCCAUCCGUCGAUGCGCUAAUGAAUGUGUGUGGCCUCACCGACUGAUGCGAGUUUGGUCGUGGACCCCUCCUUGACGCGGCCGACGUCGAUGGAGCUCUUGUGUCCCUUCCUGCUGUGAUGAAGCUCUGCGAAGAGAUAUGUGGCGUUGCCGGUCACCCUGAACACCAGACCAGCAGCCGCCUCGUCAGCGGGAUUCUCCCGCUAAUACAACCAACCAAAGAGAUACACAGAUGCAGAGAGUGACUGCACGUGUGGCUGGCUCUUUGGCUGGCUCACGAGGAAGACUUGAGCGAAUACGAAUCCUCUGUUGGUCUUGACGGAACGGUUUAUCAGCAU